CACGUGACACCACGUUGAAGAUCCAAAAAUGAGAAGCCGCUUGCCAAAAAGACGACCCUUUCACAACAUACAACAGCACCUUGACCACUGACAGUAUAUUAGAAGACUGUGGUGUUUGUUGCUGUCUGUGUUUGUUUUGUGAGAAGAGAAUAGACUACUACCAUGUCUAGCAGCGUCGGAGUCUCUUCAGUAGGAUCUCUAUUGGUUCGAGCAGCCCCAUCAAGAGCACGAGGUGGAGCACUGUCCAGAAGAAGAAAGGACGAUGGUUGGAUUGUGUUCCGAAGAAACUACUCGUCCUCUCCCAUCACUCCAUUUGCGGGCAGCGAACGCAUGCGAGUGGCUAUCAUUGGUGGUGGACCGUCCGGACUGAGUACGGCACUGCAUCUGGCGCCAUUGGCAUCGGCCGGAUUGAUCUCGUCUCCCAUUGACAUUUUUGAAGAAUCUCCCAAACAAGCCAAGACGGCCAGGAGUAUCGGCGUGGGAAUCUGGUCGACCGCCUUGGAACCCUUUCGAGUUUCGGACCGUCCGUCGCAUCAACUGGUCUGGCAGAAAAUGACCAAUCAAGGAAGUUGGAUUGAUCAAGUUGGAUAUCGAACGCCCAAUGGAGAUUGGCUGGUCCACAGUCGACUCGCUACCAAACAUCAUGAUACUACUACAACGAAUACAAAUGAUGAGGAGGAAGAGGACAAGCAUACACCCGGCCUCUUGUUUUUGCGAGAAUCCGAUUUCCACGCCACAUUGCGCAUGGCCGUGGCGGCCGAAGAACUCAAUCACACCAUUCGCGUUCAUGCGAAUACACCCGUCAAGAGUUUGCACGAACAGUCCCCGCAUGCAUGGUCGGCACCCCUCUUACUUCAAGAUGGAACCAUAACGGAACGAGACUACCAUUUGAUUGUGGCGGCCGAUGGCAUUCAUUCCAGAUUGCGAAAAGCAUACGGAGGAAGAAGACGGAGGGAACGGAGAUUGACUGGCGCCAGUGCCUUUCCGACGACUCCCAACCAUUCCACCUCCCAACUCAAAUCGUCGUGGGAGGAACAUUCCCACGGAGAAACGACACAAUUGGAAGAUCGACAAUACAACGUCUUUCGAGGAAAUGCACCUUCCGACAACAACAACAUUCACAACUUUCAAACCUGGGGAGAAGGAAAAUCCAUGCGAUUUGCGACGGUUCACAUGACCCAUCCGGCCAAGGAUGGAACCCGACACGAUAAACAAGUCUGGUUCAUUACUACCGACGAUACAACCAUACUUCAGGAACAGGAUCCCGUUCAACGAAAGAAAUUGCUACUAGAUGCGUUUGCCGAUUGGCACGAUCCCAUUGGUCAAAUGGUAGCAUCUACACCCGCGGAGGAAAUUUUGGCCGAACGUGCCAUGGCUCAUCGACACUCGAUUGGGCCCGUCGAUGACAUGAAUGAAGUGUUGAAACGCAUUAAUAAGAAACGACCGCCGUCAUCCGGACGAGGGCCUGCCAUGGUAUUCAUUGGGGAUGCCUUCAUGACGGUCGAUCCCAUUUUGGCACAAGGAUUUUCCGUAGGCAUGGAAGCGGCGGCCGAUUUGCCCGCGUCGGUCGCGGCAUCGUGUCAACCGUUUCAGGACAAGGAACUGUUGUUUGAUCCCUACAAGUUACGGAGUGAACUCAUGACUAGACACGAACGUCGUUUGGAUCGUUUGGUCUGUCUCUUGCGCGCCACUGAGAUUGUCCAAGCACUGGGACAACCCCGUGAUGGAACAAUGUCGGGAUUCUUGGCCAAGCAUGUGUUGCGACCCCUCAUGAAAAUGGCGCCCAAUUUUGUCAAGACACCCUUCUUCAAUGCCAUGCUUACUUACUCCUUGGGUCUCGGGUUGUCGGGAAACAAGAAAACAAUUCACCCAAACAACGACAAAUAAAUACAUGACUGACUGACUUGAUGACUUUUUUGCUAGCUAAAAACCAAUGAAAUGAACCAAUUCUGUUUUUGUUGUGUGUACCACUAAUGAAUUACUAUGACAGCUGAAUUGUCUUGCUAACA